UGAAGAAUGGAAUAGAAUACUAUCGAAUGACAUUUGGGAAUUUCCUAUGUCAAAUAGUAAAAUUGUUCCUGCAUUGUUAAUAAGUUACUAUCAUCUUCCUGCACAUUUAAAACGCUGCUUUGUUUAUUGUUCAUUGUAUCCCAAAGAUUAUCAAUUUGAUAAAGAUGAAUUAAUCUUGCUAUGGAUGGCUGAAGAUCUUUUACGACCACCAAGGAAGGGAGAGACUUUAGAAGAAGUUGGUUGCGAGUGUUUUGAUGACUUGGCUUCAAGACUAUUUUUCAAGCAGGUCAAGAAUGAUGAUGAGAAGUAUUUUGUGAUGCAUGAUCUGAUACAUGUGUUGGCGACUUUUCUUGCGGGAGAUUUUUAUUAUAGAUUCUCAAAAGAACUUGGUGAAAAGGAAGAGAGGAAUAUUCUAACUCGUCAUUUGUCAUACACUCAUUCAAUCCCUGAGAAAGCAUGCUCCUCUAGUGAAAUAGAAUCUUUGAGGACACUAUUGUAUGUCAAUGAUAAACCUUAUAUCCGGGGAGAACGCGCAACAUUACCGUGUGACAUAUUGUCAAAGAAUAAAUACUUGAGAAUUUGUCCUUUGAUAGACUCAAUAUAUUUCCUGAUUCAAUAGGUAAAUUGAUCCAAGUGCGCUAUUUGGGUCUCUCUAGAAGUGAUGUUGAGAUACUGCCCGAGUCAUUGUGCAAUUUGUGUAAUUUACAAAUAUUAAAGCUACAAGAUUGUUCAAAGCUGACUAUGCUGCCCAAUGGUAUGUGUAAUCUUGUGAAUUUGCGGUGUCUUGAUAUAAGGGGUACUCCUCUGAAAGAAAUGCCAAAAGGAAUGGGCAAAUUAAAACAGUUGCACAUUUUAAGCAACUUUGUCGUGGGAAAGCAAGAAGACAAUGGAAUUCAAGAGUUAGGAGAGCUUUUAAAUCUUCAUGGAUCACUUGAGAUUGAGAAAUUGGAGAAUGUGGUUGAUGGCAAUGAGGCAAGGAGUGCAAGGAUAAUAGAUAAGAAGCACAUUGAGGAGUUAUUGUUGAAAUGGUCUGUGUCUUCAGGUGAUGAUGAUAUGGUUUCAAACACACAUACUGAUGAACAAGAUAUACUCCACGGCUUGCAACCUCACCGUGUCUUGAAAGUGUUGAGAAUCAAGGGAUACAAAGGUAAAAUAUUUCCAGAUUGGUUGGGGCGCUGUUCCUACAGCAAUAUGACACGUGUAUCACUGUUGGAUUGCAAGAAUUGCUGCAUGCUGCCUUCACUUGGACAACUGCCAUCUCUAAAGUCCCUCUGCAUUGAAAGGUUUGAUCAGCUGAAGAGCAUUGGCAAGAAGUUUUACAAGAACGAAGGCCAUCAACAUUCUUCGCCUAUUGCACCCUUUGCCUCGCUGACAUGUCAUGUUGGGAGGAGUGGCAGUUACCUGACUCAGAAGCCUUUCCUCAGCUUAAGAGCCUUGUUAUAAGAAAUUGUCGAAAGUUAAAGGGAGAUAUGGUUAAUCAGGUAUUAAUGAGAAUCGUUUUUUCCUCAUCAGAUGUUUCCAAAGUGCGCCAACUGGAAAUACGAGAAGAUCAUCAAAGAUGGCGUAAAGAGAUGAGACUUGACGGGGAUAGGUUAUCAAUUAUUGGAUUUGAAUCUGCGGUGGAGUAUGCAUUUAAGGCAAGGAUGAUCCACCAUCUAACUUCCCUUCAAGAAAUAUAUAUCUCAGGGUGUUCGUCUGUUGUAUCCUUUGCGGGCAAUCGUUUACCCGCAUAUUUGCAAAAGCUUACAAUCAAGGGCUGCAGAAAACUGGAAUUCCCCCAGCAACGGCAGCAGAAGUAUGAUUUAGUAGAGCUACUAAUAGAAUACAGUUGUGAUUCACUGACCUCAUUGUGGCUCGAUGCCUUUCCCAAUCUCAAGAAUCUCCAGAUAAGAGGGUGUGAGAAUCUGGAAUCAGUUUCAAUGAUAGUGUCAUCUCCAGGAGAAGGAUUGGCUGCACCCAACUUGACUCAUCUCCAUGUUAGCUGGUGCUCAAAGUUAGAGGCAUUGCCACGUGACAUGAAUAGUCUUCUCCCAAAUUUAGAGUCUCUCGACAUACGAGGUUGCCCAAACAUUUGUAGGUCUCCAGAGGGCGGUUUGGCGCCUAACCUGAAAGAGCUUAGUGUAGGAGAUUGCGAGCAACAACUGAGGAGUCUAUCAUGGUUAGGCAACUUAGACAACCUUACUCAUCUCACCGUCUCCGGUCAUGGCAGUAAGAGGAUAAUAAAGUCAUACCCAGAGGUGGGUUCGUUGCCUUGCCUUCCCUCCCUUACCACUCUUGAGAUAUGGGGGUUCAAGAAUCUGGAGACAUUGAACUGCAACGAGCUUCUACGCCUCAACUCCCUCCAACAACUAGACAUUUCAUUCUGUGAGAAGCUGAAGAAUAUGGAAGGUGAAAAGCUGCCUCCCUCUCUCUUACUACUCAAAAUUGACGAAUGUGGUUUGCUGGGCCAACACUGCAAGAACAAGCAUCAACAAAUUUGGUACAAAAUUUCCCACAUCCCCACCAUUCUAGUCGAUGGCCGACGAAUUUCUGAGUAGAGAUUUCUGAGCAGGUAGCUUGUGUACAUAUCAAGAUGUAAUCCUAUACAUUGGCUAUAUAUCUUCAUUUAAUUCUAAGUUCAUUUGAGGUGCUAAUUAAGCUGGAUUAAUGCGUUGGGAACCAGAUAUUGUGUUUUCUGAAAAGCAAGGACAUGAUGGAGAAAGUUGGUGUCACACUUAUUAUUGAAAAGCUUUAGUUGUUGUAGUUAGCUGUUGUGUUGCAAGAUUCAUAUAGGACAGCAAAAGGAAUCAGCAUGCAUGAGGUGUAUAAGCUUUCAAAAUAGAAGGAUCAAGUUAUUGCUGUGUAAUCAUUUUUUACCAUAGAUUGAAUCAUCGGACAAAGUUAAUAUUAUUAGAUGCCUAUAAUAAGCUAUUUCUAAUACCAAGAGAAAAUGUUCUGUACAUAUAUUAAGCUGCAGUGGAAUUCAAAUUAUUCAAGAAGUAUGGUUAAUCAGGUAUUAAUGAGGAUCGUUUCUUCCUCAUCGGAUGUUUCCAAAGUGCGCCAACUGAAUAUACAAGAUGGUGAAAGAUGGAGUAAAAAGAUGAGACUUGAUGGGGAUAGGUUAUCAAUUAGUGGAUUUGAAUCUGUGGUGGAGUGUGCAUUUAAGGCAAGGAUCAUCCACCAUCUAAAUUCCCUCCAAGAAAUAUAUAUCUCAUGGUCUGAGUCUGUUGUAUCCUUGGGGGGCAAUUGUUUACCCAAAUCUUUGCAAAAACUCACAAUCUUUCGUUGCCACCGCAUUGAAUUACUCCAGCAACAACAGAAGUAUGAUUUGGUAGAUCUGCAAAUAUAUGAAAGCUGUGAUUCACUGACCUCAUUGUCGUUGGAUGCCUUUCCUACUCUCAGGAAUCUCCAGAUAAAAGAGAGUUCAAAUCUGGAAUCAGUGUCAAUGUCAGAGCCACCACACGCUUCUCUUCAACGUCUCACCAUCUUUAACUGCUCCCAAUUAGUGUCUUUUCCCCAAGAAGGACUGGCUACACCCAACUUGACUCAUCUCCAUGUUAGCAAGUGCUCGAAGUUGGAGGCAUUGCCACCUGGCAUGAAUACUCUUCUCCUAAACUUAAGAGUCUCUGGACAUACAAGGUUGCCCAAACAUUUGUAGGUGGCCAGAGGGUGGUUUGCCGGAGAAUGCGAGGAACAAGUGAGGGGUCUAUCAUGGUUGGGCAACUUGGACCUCCUCACUCAUCUCACCAUCUCAGGUCAUGGCAGUGGGAGCAUAAUAAAGUCAUACCCAGAGGUGGGUUCGCUGCCUCACUUUCCUUCCCUUACCACUCUUGAGAUAUGCUGGUUCAAGAAUCUGGAGACAUUGGAGUGCAACGAGCUUCUCCACCUCACCUUCCUUCAGCAAUUGCACAUUUCAAGCUGUUGGAAGCUGGAGAAUAUGGCAGGAGAAAAGCUGCCUCCCUCUCUCUUGCUACUUCGAAUUCAAUGGUGUUCUUUGCUAGAAGAACACUGCAAGAACAAGCAUCAACUAAUCUGGCCCAAAAUUUCCCACAUCCCCACCAUUAAAUUCGUAGAUUUCUGAGCAGGUGGCUUGUGUACAUAUCAAGAUGUAAUCCUAUACAUUGGCUAUAUAUCUUCAUUUAAUUCUAAGAUCAUUGGAGGUGGUAAUUAAGCUGGAUUAAGGUGUUGGGAACCAGAUACUGUGUUUUCUGAUUUUGGCUUAAUGUUAUUGAAAAGCAAGGACAUGAUGGAGAAAGUUAGAGUAGUGGCACUUAUGAUUGAAAAGCCUUUGUUGUUGUAGAUUCGGACUCUAAUGUUACUUCUUCAUCAAGCAAUCCCACUGAAAUCUUCAAGCUUUUUUCCCAUCAUCCUUCACAAAUUCAGUUGUAUCUUCAUCCUGCACUUCCACUGAAAUCUCUUUUAGUGCAUAGAUGCACGAUGAAUCUUGUUUUGCUUUCUCAUUUUGUUCUUCAUUCUUGGAACCACGGUCAGCGCCAUCCUUGGCUAUAACUCUCUCAGGAUGUAUUUCUUAAGAAGUAUCUUGUACAAAAGAUUAAUCCUGAGGCUAGGAACAAACACAUGGAACUAUAGUUGACAGAAACUGGUACUGGUUUCUCCCCGUGGCAUGAUUAAAAUUACAUGGGUUUUGAUUCUGACCUGGAGGACUUUGGCCCUGUGAAUAUCACCUGGCAAAUCUGUGAUGAGAAAUUGAUAUGAUUUUUUUACUCCCUAGAUAAUCUCUGCUAGGGAUAUAUUAUUGAAAAGUAAGCAUAAUGGAUUGUUUUACUAAUGUAAUCUUACUUUAUGUAUUAGAGAUUUAGAGCAUCAAUUAAAGACUGAAUUUCUGUAUGAUUGGACUGGGCUUGUGUUUUAAAUGUUUUCAAGUGGUUAGUAACUUACUGAUGCU